UCCUCUCUCUCUCCUCCGGGCGCGCUGCUGUCGUGAACGCUCGCACCUCGCAUCCAGGUGUGACAUCUUCCGAGUUCUUCUGCUCUGAAAAAAAAAAGAAAAAAAAAACUUUAAAAAAAAGAAACAAACAUGACGGACUCGGGACUUCCUCCGGACCCUACUACCACCACAACUACCCCCAUCCCCAUCCCGGCAGAAGGAGGAGCGGCGCAGACGGCCACAGUCAACGGGCAGUGCGAACCAGCAGCGGAUUCACUCACCCAAACAACCCAGCAACAGCAACCCGCCCAAGAGCACCCUCCACCGGGCACAGAAACUCAACCAGAGGGCUUCAACAUGGACCAGGAGAUGAAAAUCACAGACAGUAUUGAAGACAGUGGUCUGUUGGAGAGCAGCAUGCGUCUGAAGCCUCAUGAAGCGCAGAGCUACAGGAAGAAGGCUCUGUGGGUGUCCUGGGUGUCCAUCCUCAUCACUAUUAUCUUGGCUAUCGCUGCUUUCACCGUCUCAAUCAUGCGACAUAGCGCUUCUGCUUUUGGAUUUGCUUUUGAUGCCAUCCUGGACGUCCUCUCCUCCGUCAUAGUGCUGUGGCGAUACAGUAACGCAGCUGCAGUCCACUCCGCCCAUCGGGAAUACAUAGCGUGCUGUGUACUCGGAGUGGUCUUCAUUCUCUCCUCCCUGUGCAUUAUGGGUAAGGCCAUCCAUGAUCUGGCCACCAAGCUGCUGCCUGAAGUGGAUGACUUCCUGUUCAGCGUGUCCAUCGUGAGCGGUUUGGUCUGCGUCAUUUUGGCAAUAAUCAAGUUCAUGCUCGGCAAAGUCCUGACGAGCCGAGCCCUGAUCACUGACGGAUUUAACUCUAUGGUUGGAGGCAUCAUGGGCUUCUCCAUCUUGAUCAGCGCUGAGGUCUUCAAACACGAACCCAAAGUGUGGUACCUGGACGGGACAAUAGGGGUCAUCAUUGGGCUCGUCAUUCUGGCCUAUGGAGUCAAGCUUUUGAAGGAUAUGGUCCCACGUGUUCGGCAAACGAGGAACUACGAGCGUUUCGAGUGACAGAUCCGCACUACGGAGACGACCAGAGGAUCCAAUAUGGCCGCCAACGGAAACGGGGGGGGGGGGGACAUUUUCAGCUCGUUGUCCCUGUGUGAUUCUUCCAAAGACAAUGCCAGUACGGCGACGCCAGUGUCUGUAAAUGCCUCCUAUUUAAACAAACGGACUGUGGACUCUUGGUUUUACAAUAGUGUAUAUAAAUAUUUAUCUGAAUUAUUUACGUCUAGAAUUGAAAGUUUACUGUGAAGUUUUACGGGCACCCCCAAGAAAACAUGGUAAUAAUCGAGCACAUUUUUGUAUCGGAUGUACAAUUUUGUCAACAUUUAGGCACAAGUACGACGACGCUAUGCUAGGACGUGUUACAAAUCAAGUUGACAAAUGUAGCCAAUGUAGCAAGAUUAGCGCGCUGAGCUUUUUCCUGCUUUUUGACACAAUUUGGAAAGGUUUUACGAUACAAUUUGGCAACGCCCAUUCCGCCUAAGGAUCAUGGGUGAUGUUUAGAGUAGACUGUUAUAGUAAGUACUGUAUAAAACCUGUAUCCCCAAAAGAGAUGCCAAAAAUCGUCGAAAAAUGCCGCGAAUCUGCUGUCCUGGAAUAAGAUGCCAAAAAUCGUUGAAAAAUGACGCAAAUCAGGCAGGUCCCAAUAUAUUGCUGCACCUACAAGUAUAGUAACACUGGUUAGUAUGAAUGGUCCACAUAAUGAAUAGGAAAUGCAAUUGUACUUACAUGCUAGCGCCAUCUGCUGUCUGUAUGAGGGAACUGUUUACAUAUCUGUGAAUAGAGUACGGAGAGUCAAUAUAUAUUUCGAUAUUGUACUGUGAACGAUUCGACUCCAGCUGUAUUUUUUGCAGUGAUGAUGAUUAAUAAUAAUAAUAAUAAUGAUAAUAUGUAUUUGCAAGUACAAUAUUUGGUGGGGUCUAGUGAGCUACUGUAAACUGAUACUCGUUACAAUAACCUCAGAUAUGAGUGAGACCAAAAUAUCUUACAAUCUCGUCAAAAGCACAUUUAGGAAGGGGUAGUUUAGUUGUUUCAAGGGAAGGAAAGUUACAUAUGAGUGUUUGGUGGUUUAGUCCUGGUUUAGUCCUGGUUUAGUUCUGGUUCAGACCUGGUUCAAACCUAGGUUAGACCUGGUUUAGACCUGGUUUAGACCUAGUUUACACCUGGUUUAGUCCUGGUUUAGACCUGGUUUAGACCUGGUUUAGACCUGGUUUAGACCUGGUUUAGACCUGGUUUAAGCCUGGUUUAAGUCUGGUUUAGAGUUAGUUUAGACCUAGUUUAGACCUGGUUUAUACCUGGUUUAGACCUGGUUUAGACCUAGUUUAGACCUGGUUUAGACCUGGUUUAAGUCUGGUUUAGAGUUAGUUUAGACCUGGUUUAGACCUGGUUUAGACCUGGUUUAGACCUGGUUUAAGCCUGGUUUAAGUCUGGUUUAGAGUUAGUUUAGACCUAGUUUAGACCUGGUUUAGACCUGGUUUAGACCUGGUUUAGACCUGGUUUAGACCUGGUUUAGACCUGGUUUAAGCCUGGUUUAAGUCUGGUUUAGAGUUAGUUUAGACCUGGUUUAGACCUGGUUUAGAGUUAGUUUAGACCUAGUUUAGACCUGGUUUAGACCUGGUUUAAGCCUGGUUUAGACCUGGUUUAAGCCUGGUUUAAGUCUGGUUUAUACUUAGUUUAGACCUGUUUUAGACCUGGUUUAGACCUGGUUUAGACCUAGUUUAGACCUGGUUUAGACCUGGUUUAAGCCUGGUUUAAGUCUGGUUUAGAGUUAGUUUAGACCUAGUUUAGACCUGGUUUAUACCUGGUUUAGACCUGGUUUAGACCUAGUUUAGACCUGGUUUAGACCUGGUUUAAGUCUGGUUUAGAGUUAGUUUAGACCUGGUUUAGACCUGGUUUAAGCCUGGUUUAGAGUUAGUUUAGACCUAGUUUAGACCUGGUUUAGACCUGGUUUAGACCUGGUUUAGACCUGGUUUAGACCUGGUUUAAGCCUGGUUUAAGUCUGGUUUAGAGUUAGUUUAGACCUGGUUUAGACCUGGUUUAGAGUUAGUUUAGACCUAGUUUAGACCUGGUUUAGACCUGGUUUAAGCCUGGUUUAAGUCUGGUUUAUACUUAGUUUAGACCUGUUUUAGACCUGGUUUAGACCUGGUUUAGACCUAGUUUAGACCUGGUUUCGACCUGGUUUCGACCUGGUUUAAGCCUGGUUUAAGUCUGGUUUAGACUUAGUUUAGACCUGGUUUAGACCUGGUUUAGACCUGGUGUACACCUGGAUUAGUCCUAGUUUAGUACCACUUAAGUCCUGCUUUCAGUCUUAGUUAAUUCUUGCUUAGCUCUGGCUUCAAUUCCACGUCCUGGUUUAGACCUCUGUCUUUGAUGUAAACCCCUUUUUGUUUAGUCCUAUAAAUAGCUCUGUUAGACCUAAUGUAGACCAGGUUUAGUACUACUGUAGUCCUGCUUCAGUCCCGGUCAAUCCUAUUUUAGUUCUGGCUUCAAAAUUGAUAUUAGCCCUUGGAAUAAUCCCACUGUAGACAUAAUUUAGUCCUUUUAAAAACCUGGUUAAGUCCUUGUUUAGCCCCAUAGUCGGCUCCUGCUUGAACCUGGUUCAGUUCUGCUUUAGUCCUCGUAUGUCCCUGCUUUGGAUCAAGUAUAGUGUUGAUCAGCCCAGGUUUAGUUCUGGCAUGGUCCAAAGAAUGUGUCCCUGUCUAAAAUAUUUCUACUGUAGCAUGAGUUAGACCUGGUUUAGUCCUGGUUUAGUCCUUGCAUAGUUUUGUCUUAGCUCCUGGCACAUUGUAGAUCAGUUUAGUCCUGGUUUAGACCUGGCUUAGUCCUGGUCUAGUCCUGUUUCCUUCCAUAGCCUGUGUAGACACGUCAGCGAGCUUGCAUUAUGUUUAUAUUUGUACUUCCUGUAUAAGCGGCUCUCUAAAUGCCUGCCCACUCGCGCCAAACCAAAAAAUCAAUACCUCUGAAAGCUAAAGCUAAACAGGAGCGGCACCUUCUAUAUAUUUCCAAUUAUUGCCGCUUCAGAAGACCCCAGGCACGCUACAAAUUAUGUCAUGUUCAACCCAAUUACUACACCCUGCCCCUUUAGUAUUAGCACAUGUCGCUACAUAUGAACUUGAACCAAGCACAGUUUUACAUUUUUAACCUUCAUGUUUGUAUCGUAGCCUUUUAACAAAAAAACGAACCCGAUUUAUUAUAUAUUUCUAGAGAUUAAUCGCUGAAACGCCCACCCCCCUCGCCGCGUAGGUUAGCACUUUGUAAUUCCAUGUUUUUAAAAGUCCAUAAACGCCACUUGACCUGUUUUAAUUACGUUCCAACACUAACUACUACUAUUACCUCAUUACUUUUAGCGUCAUUCAGACUACUUCAAUUUCCAACACACCAGCAGAUACAGUUAUAGCGCGCUCUGCUGAUGGCGUCACGAACGGCACGCGCCAAUUUAAAGCUGCAACAUGUACGUGUGUUUUAUAGGGUUGAUUUGCCUCCUCUUGGUGGUUUCCAUGGAGACGUUAUUGCCGUUAUUCACCGGGGGGGUUCCACAGCACGGCGUUAAACUCGUCCAUCUGUGUUAAAAUCCAAUCGAAAUAUACGCGUCUUACAUGUUCCUGUGCGUGCGCUCGCUUCUCUAUAGAUCUAAGCUGUAUCUUGCGCCUCACGGAGAUAGGGAAAUUUAAUGCCAUGCUGUGGAACAUUCUCGACGGAGUAUCUAAGGAUGAUCGUGUUGUUUUUUUGACAGCUAAACUACCCCUGAAAGCUUAAAAAAAAGGGUCGUCAUGUGGUUAAAAAGUACUCAUUUCUCCCGGCAUGUUCGUUUCGGUGUGUACACAGUGAGAGCAGUGUGGGAGUGCGAGGAUAACGCUCUAUUUAAGACAAUACAAUGUACAGUAAUAUACAAAAACGAUCACACUUCACCCAUACCGUUUCGUUUUGCCGUUUUUUUCAUUCGCGCUUAACUCCAAAGCCUUAAGUCAUCAGUGUUUUGAAUGUACUUUUCAGGUCACCACUUGCAUUACAGUGAUACGACGGAAUUUCAAUGUUAUUUUUUUUAGUUUUUAUCAAAGUUCCGGUGCAUGGCUGGACAGAAGCUACAUUCAGACUUGAGUUUUUAAGAUAAUUUCGUGAGGGGUGAGAAACUGGACGUGUAGGUGAUGUACGUUAACGGGAUUGGCAAUGGAGAAUUAUUACGCAAAACAAUAGGAUCGCCCAGUUAUGUAAAUAAUUGAAUAAACCAAGUGAAUACCGGUGUAUAUAUAAUGUAUUAGAUUGAUGUGUGUUUGAAACUGGGACAUUGUAAAAGGUUUUUGACAAGUGUGACCAAAAUUUGAAGAGUUAUCAGAGGCGACCAUGAGGUUUUGUCUGAUCAUGUAACAACUGAAACUGUAAAAAUGUGUUGUGUCAUAUUUCUGUCCUUAUUAUUCUGUCCCUAUUUUAUGCUUAGUAAAAUUUGAAAUCUUAAGUAGCUUGAAAUCCCGACAUUUGCUUCGGAUCAAUGUAUUUAUCUGGAUCAAUGCGACACACUUAAAAACAUUAACUGAGAAUAAAAGCAUUGUGUGACCUUAAAUAUUUCAUAUAUUUCGACUUAAAAUGUUAACUAUUUGUCUUAUAUCCGAAUAAAAUAGUCAAAUGGAAAAAAAGAUGAUACAUUUAAAGCCACAGUAUGUAAUUUUUGCCAAAGAAUAGGCUAAAAUAAAAGCAUGUUUCUCUUUUCGCUGUGUAUAUUGCACUGAAAAACAUGUGUCCUUACUCUGAAUAGGCUUGCAUCUCCACAAACCUGACUCUUACUUGGCUUGGAGGUGGGCCUACACCUGCUUGUUUCCAUGGAAAUGCUGUUCCUUGGCUAUAAUAUUCCACAGUAUGGCAUAAAAUGCAUCUAUCUUCAUGGAGAAUGUUCUAAAGUUUGGUUUUAACUCUUUAUUUCUAUGGAAUCAUGCAGAUGACGCACCGCCUCCAGAAAGUUACAUACUGUACCUUUAUUAAAGUUAAAUGCUGAUUAUUUAAAGCACAAAAACAGCGAGAAUGUUACUGUGAGCCUCUGGUUUCUCACCCCUCCUCCUGCACAGACGCACAUAGACACAGGUGUAAAUAUAAAAGUGUAUUGCUGUGAUGUAAACAAUGUUAAACAGAGCCUUUGUCACAGAAAAAAUGUUUAUUUAAAAAUAAAGUUAUAUCCCUCGUA